UCUUAAGAUGUGAUAUAUUGCAACUUUUCUACUCCCCAACAAUGCAACUAACCACAUUACUCUCCUCUUUAUUACAAUUCCAUUUUCACUCCAAACCCUAAACCCUCCAAAAUCUUCCAUUCAUUUUUAAUUUAUUACCCCCUCAAUCUCUACUACACAAUGACUACUUGUUUUCUUCUUGAAUUGUUGGGUUGAUGGAAUCGAGGAAUAUGUUGGCGCCAGGAUUUAGAUUUCACCCGACAGACGAGGAGUUGGUUAGGUACUAUCUACGGCGUAAGGUAUGUGGAAAGCCCUUGCGAUUUGAUGCAAUAUCUGACAUUGAUAUCUACAAAGUUGAACCAUGGGAUCUUCCAGGUAUGUCAAGGUUGAAUACAAGAGAUUUGGAGUGGUACUUUUUUAGUAUGCUUGACAAAAAAUAUGGUAAUGGAGCAAGAACUAAUAGAGCAACAGAACAAGGCUAUUGGAAGACAACUGGAAAGGACAGGGCUGUUCAGCAUAAGUUUCAGGUUGUGGGAAUGAAGAAAACUCUGGUUUAUCACAGUGGUCGGGCUCCAAAGGGUCAGAGGACUAACUGGGUGAUGCACGAGUACAGACUGGUUGACGAGGAGUUAGAUAAAGCUGGAAUUCCGCAGGUUGCAUUCGUGUUAUGCCGUGUCUUUCAAAAGAGCGGUGCUGGGCCAAAGAAUGGGGAACGGUAUGGGGCACCUUUUGUUGAGGAGGAAUGGGAGAAUGACGAGCUAAAAAUGGUUCCACAGGAGGAGAAUGCUGAGGAAGUAGAAUAUGGAGAUGAUAUCUAUUUAGAUGGAUAUGAUCUUGAACAGAUUCUUGGAACUCAGACCCCUGUGGGUAGUGCUUCUAUUAAUAUGAACUGCUCUGAUGGCCAAAAUUGCACUAAUAGCGAAGAAGCAAAUGACUGCUUCGAAGAUGCACAAAAAUGGCUGCAACAACCGGAUGAGCGGAAGUCACUUGAUCCAGCAGUUCAAGACAUUGCAGAUAAUCCUGUCAAGCAUAACUGCGUUGGUGAAUCAAGCAAGAGUGUGAACUCUGAGUAUGUGAAUUACUUGCUUAACGGACCAACAAAUGAUGCAAGUGAUGACUUACAAUUUAAUGACGGGGCAUUCCUUGAAGCAAAUGAUCUUUCAAACCCGGCUGAGGUUGAUAACUCAGGGUUUAACAUGCUUGAUGAGUACCUCACUUACUUUGAUGCAAAUGACGACUUCCAGAAUUUGGGUUUUGAUCCUUCAGUUCUAAUUGAAAAUGAUGAUCGGGCAUCUUUGCCUGAGAAGAAAAUUGUUGAUGUAGCUCAGCAAGAUACUGCACCAAUUGAAGGGCUCGCAGAACCUAAGAACAGUAUCUCAUCAUCCUCGAUAGAGAAACCAACUGAAUUUUUAGCAGAUCACCAGUAUCGAUUUAUGAAGCAAGCAAGCCAGAUGUUAGGCAGUAUUCCUGCUCCUCCUGCAUUUGCUUCAGAGUUCCCUACAAAGGGUGCUGCUCUCCGUCUGAAUUGCAUGUCUCAGUCUUCGAGUUCAGUGCACGUUUCUGCUGGUCUGAUUCAAAUAAGGAACAUGACAGUGGCUGGCAAUGGGACAGACUGGUCAUUGCGCAAGCACAGUUAUUACAACAUUAUCCUAUCCUUUGGCUUGUCUCGGGGUAGUGAUAAUUCUGCCACUCUGGAAUCAGUUGCUAGCUUUCCUGGAAAAGCGACAUUUAUGGUAUCCAGGGGCUUGUUCUUUUGGGUCCUAGUUCUUUCCAUGAUCUUCAAAAUUGGGACCUUGAUUUGUGCCAGGUAAAGUCUAGGAAUUUGAGGUAGUUAAAUCAAUACUAGGCUCAAGGUUUUUCCCCCUCAAAAGAAAUUCUCGGCACCUCAUUAGGACUCUCGACAAAAACUCAAUGCAUACACCUGUGGAUGGAGUUUAAUUUUUCAUUUACAGUAGGUAGUAGACUGAAGGUGCAAAUGCUGUCUCUGGAUUCUCUUGACGUAGGACGUGAGUAAAUUAAGUUGUGCGUUUUGAGCUUCCAGCUUGGAAGCUUUACCAGUUUCUUUUCAGCAGUACAUGGGCGGGAUUAUGCUUAGAUGUGCGUGUUUUUAUAGCUUGAUGCCUUUUAAUCUCAUCGGAAACAAGUUUAAAUGGUCGUGUUUCAAGAAAAUCAGAUAGGGUUGCGCAUAGAUUUCCUCA